AUGAAGGGUUUUCGUAAUGAUGACAAGGUAGAUGAGCUCCAUAAACUCAAAAAUUAUCUCAAAAAUUUUGGUUUUCUAAGCUUAACCCAUUCUAAAUUGAAUCAAACCUAUGUCAAAAGUGAUAUUUUUGAUGAUCUCUUAGAGCCUUCCAUCAAAACCUACCAGCUCAAUUAUAAUCUCGAGGUUAUGGGAGAAUUAGAUAAUAACACCGUGUCAAUGAUGAUGAUGCCUCGGUGUAGCAUACCGGAUAUCAUCAAUGGUACCACUAGAAUGAGAUCAGGCAAUAAAAUGAAACACCAUUAUGGCUCAAACUUGUUCCAAAUAAUCUCCCACUAUAGUUUCUUUCCAGGUAAACCCAGAUGGCCACGUUCUAAGACUAAACUCACUUAUGCCUUUCUCCCAGGGACUCNUAUAGUUUCUUUCCAGGUAAACCCAGAUGGCCACGUUCUAAGACUAAACUCACUUAUGCCUUUCUCCCAGGGACUCAUUAGGCCUCCCUUGGUCCGAUUGAUCGCUUUUUACAGUGGAAACCAUGGAGAUGGUGACCCGUUCGAAGGCCCAGGUGGAAUCUUGGCCCAUCCUUUUGCACCAACUGAUGGGAGGCUUCACUUUGAUGCCGAUGAGAGGUGGUCUAACGACGUGGUUCCUGGAUCAUUUAACUUAGAGUCUAUGGCUCUGCAUGAAAUUGGUUACCUUUUGGGGCAUAGCUCAAUUAAUGCCAACCAUUCCACCCGGUGUGAGCAAAAAACCUGGCUUCAGAUGGUAUUAAAGGACUCAAGGAUUUAUAUUCUUGAGGAGUGA